CAGGUUCGCGUGCGCGCGCAUUACAAACUGGAGUUUGAGUCACAUCAGUGACGGACGGCUGAAAGCAAUCAAAACUCUCCCAGUGUUUGUCCUCGACUAUCCUUGAAGCUUUUGAAGGUUUAUUUGGUUGGAUAACAAAGGGAGCGUUGUUUAAUUUGGGUUUUAAAACCUCACCUCAGCUCUCCUGACGCAUUUUGGCGUCGCGAUGUCACAUUUAUUUUCGUACACUUGCUGGAGCGGGUAAAUUGUGGUCAUAUACCAAAUAUUUCCUGAGAAACGACACAUUAUCAACACCUCGUUAAAAAAGGUGCUGAAAACUAUGGAUCGCCUCACCUCCAAAUCCCACCUUUUUCAUCUCCCGUUAUUCAUCAUCACUUGCCUCUCACCUGGAUUGCUGGCGCAGACCUCGAUCCCCAGAGGAUGUGGCGGAAAUGUAAGCUCCCUGUAUUACAAACUCUGUGACCUAGACGCAGUCUGGGGUGUUGUAUUGGAGUCAUUCGCCGCCGCUGGUGUAGUGGUCGCCCUGAUCCUCGUGAUCGUGUUGCUGGCAAGCCUUCCCUUUGUCAAAGACAAGAAGUGGCGCAGUGCACUGGGGCUCCAUGUGAUUUUCCUGAUUUUCACAUUUGGACUGUUCGGUCUCACAUUUGCCUUUAUCGUGGGGAAGGACUUUGCGACGUGUGCGACUCGGCGCUUCUUGUUUGGCGUGUUAUUUGCCGGCUGCUUCUCAUGCCUCAUCAUGCAAGCCGUGAGGUUGAACAUACUGGCCCGGCGAAACUCGGCACCCAGAUUCUGGGUUUGGUUCUUGGGGUUUCUGGGGCUUUGGCUGGUGGAAGUUAUCAUCAAUACUGAAUGGCUCAUCAUUACGAUUGUACGAUACCCUAUUAAUGUCCCUGGAAACAAGACUUCUCCCACUGCUGUUCCCUGUAACAUUGACAACCAGGAUUUCGUCAUGGCUCUCAUAUAUGUGCUCGUUCUACUGUUGGCCGUCGUGGUAGCAUCCAUACCGAUAUUGGCAGGUAAGCAUAAGCGUUGGCGCAAGGAUGGAGCCCUCAUACUGGUCAUAGGACUGCUCUCGGUGGGCAUCUGGGUGGCAUGGAUUGUCAUGUAUGUGUAUGGGAACACAAAGCACGGUGGGCCGACAUGGGACGACCCCACGUUGGCAAUAGCACUGGUGUCAAACGGAUGGGUGUUUCUACUGCUACACACCGUGCCAGGGGCAUGUAGCAUGAACGAUGAUGAUGAGGAGGAAGAUACGGCCAUUGAUGAAGAUCUGUACCCUAGCAGAGGGUAUGAGACUGUCCUGAAGGAACAAAGUUCACAGAGCAUAUAUGUGGAGAAUAAAGCCUUUUCUAUGGAUGAGCCUACCACAGGUAAUAAGCCCGUUUCCCCGUAUAAUGGCUAUAAUGGCACACCACUUCGGAGUGGUGUGUACCAGCCGACAGAGUUGGCCAUCAUCACCAAAGGAGCCAUAAACGGAGAAUCAUAUGACAGAAUUCCACGAGCGACUAUGGGAACUUCGUUGCAAGAUCUGAACGGUCACACCAGCCCCUCAACACAAACAUAUUCAAAUUAACAAAUAAAGACAUAAACAACUUGGAUGACAUGGGGGGAAGUUUCCAAAAAAGACACCAGUGAUUGGUUUACGCCAGCUUUUGUUUUUCCUUUCUGGUGUUUCUAAUUAAGAUUUAGUGAUUUCUUUCCAUCGCUGUGCUCUGCUGCACGGGUCAGCUGGCGUGGACUUCGGGGUAGCUGGGAAACAUUCGGUUGUUUUGCCCCAUUGACAGACAUCAUGUUGGGAUCGCCUCAUGAUGAUUCGAAUGAAAGUGUGUGGCUUCUUUGUUCUUGGGAUACUGUGCAGGUCCCAAUGAUUGUUUCGACGACUGCAAUGCUACUGACUGUGUGUGAAAAAGCACAGACCAACUAAGGACUUCAAAAUAAACUUGUCUCUGAUUUGCUGUCAAUCAAACUAUAUAAGGACAAAUGCUGCUUCUACCUAACUCUGAAGUUAGGUGUAGUAUCACUAUACUUUUGCAUAAGCUUUAAUUUGAAUGUAUAAGAUAUUAAUAAUGCUAUUUGGUAAAGCAUUAAUGUAAAAAUUAUGAUUUCAUUGCUUUCCCAACUUUGUAUUUAUUGUCAGUGUAAAACAUUAUAUUGAUUCUAUGUAGAUAAAAUAUUUCAACUUUGUGAACUGAAGAAAUUUCAACUUGAAAGGAUCUUUAUGAACUCAUCUUGUUCAAUGUUCAUAGUAUCAAAAUAAAGUGCACAAAAUAGC